AUGGUUUCACUAAUUUGUUCAAACAACAUAUGCGGCUCUUACGACCGUGCUGGCAUCAAGAACAUGUGUGGAAAAUGUUUCAUGGAAAGUCACAAAGAAGAUUUUCAAAGAUUCUUUAAACAUGAAAAUGAAAAGUAUCCUAAAUCAGAAGAAUUUCAUGAAACUCAUACUUUGGAAGGCCACAAACAAAACUCUCCAAAAUCCUACAAACAUGAAGAUAAGGAGUGCCCUAAAUCAGAAGAAAUUGAAAGUCAAGUUUCGGAUGAGUUUAAUGUAUGUGCUACUCUGGCUACUAUAACUCUCAACGACUCUACAAACAUGAAGAUGGAUAGCAAGUAG